AUGAUUGACACUACCAAUGACACGAAAGCUGACGUGCGGAGCUCCGCCAGUGUUGAGAAACAUGGCGACGUCAUGUCGGGUGAGAUCCGCGAUAUCGGAGCAGACCUCUAUGCUGAAGUCGGCCAACUAUCGCCUGAAGAGCUCGAACGUGAAGGCGCCGAAGUGCGCAAGCUCCUAGACUGGCGAAUUUUACCCAUGUUAUAUGUGACAUAUGUUAUCCAAUAUUUAGACAAACUGUCACUAAACUAUGCCUCCGCUUAUUCGUUCAUCCCAGACCUCGGUCUGGAGGGCCAAAGAUACUCGUGGGUGGCAGCAAUAUUCAACUUUGGAUAUCUUUUUUGGGCUAUUCCAUCCAAUCUGAUGAUCCAACGUUUGCCACUAGCGAAGUAUAUGGGAACCGUGAUAAUUAUCUGGGCCGGCCUUGUUAUUGCACAUAUUGGAGCUAAAAACUACGCGGGGAUAUUGGUUCUCAGAUUUCUGCUGGGUAUGGCGGAGGCUUGUGUCAGCCCGUGCAUGAUGAACUUCACCUCGAUGUUCUACAAACGAGCCGAGCAGCCUCUCCGGAUGGCUAUAUGGUUAUCUGGGAAUGGAAUGGCAACGAUGGUCGGCGCUCUCUUGGGAUUUGGUCUAGGCCAUUCUCACAAUACUAGCCUGCGAAGCUGGCAGCUAAUCUUCUUAACGAUUGGCUUACUCAAUUUCGUUACCGGAUGCUUCUUCCUCUGGAUCAUGCCCGACUCGCCAAGUACAGCGAAAUUCCUGUCCCACAGACAGCGCGUUGUGGCAGUUCACAGAGUUUCGGAGAAUAUGAUCGGUGUCAAGACCAAGGAAAUCAAGCUGCGCCAAGCUUUGGAGAUUUUUUACGACGUCAAAGUGCUCUGCUGUGUCGGCAUCGGCAUCGCUUGCGGCGUUAUCAAUGGUGGUGUAUCCAACUUCUCAUCGUCUCUGAUUAAAGGAUAUGGCUUCAGUGGCAUUUAUGCAACACUCCUGCAGCUCCCAACGGGAGCUAUCGAAGCUGUGAUAGUGCCUAUCUGCGGCUUAGUAUCCACAUACGUGCGGGACUCGCGCUGUAUAGUGUUGGCUGUCGUGUGUUUGAUUCCAUUCGGUGGCCUCCUUGGCAUUCGUUUCACGGACCUCAAUCAUCGCUGGACAUUGGUAGGCUGCACAUGGCUUCAAUACAUCAUAGGUGCGCCCGUCAUCAUAUCCUGGAAUCUCCUCUCCACCAACGUGGCUGGUCAUACGAAACGCUCCUUCGCCAACGGGCUCUGGUUCACGGUAUACGCAAGCGGAAACGUUGCGGGGGCCAACAUCUUCUUUGCUCGCGAAGCUCCCCGGUAUUAUUCGGCAUUGACCGGUCUUCUUGUCUGCUACGCGGGGAUAAUCAUUCUAUGUGCCGUCGGGUAUAUGGCCAUGAAGUGGGAAAAUCUGCGGAGAGAUCGCAGUAUGUCACCAGAGGAAACCGCGGAACGCCGUGAGGAGGCUGCUGUUCUCGAUGGCUUUAAGGAUAUGACAGACAUGGAGUCUAAGCACUUUAGAUAUGCGCUCUGA